CCAAAACCUCAAAUCCCACCACCACAAAAUACCCCCCACCCACCGCCACAAUGGGUAAAUCCUCCAAAGACAAGCGCGAUGCCUACUACCGUCUCGCCAAGGAACAAAACUGGCGCGCCCGUUCUGCCUUCAAACUGAUCCAAAUCGACGAGCAAUUCGAUCUAUUCGAGCACGAGAACCCAGACAAAGUCACCCGAGUCGUCGAUCUCUGCGCCGCCCCGGGCAGCUGGAGUCAAGUGCUGAGUCGCGUUCUGAUCAAGGGCGAGAGUUUCGGUCGUCGCGCCUGGGUCGAGAAGAAGCGCAAGGAAAAGGAAGCCCUCGAACGAGUCCGCAAUGGCUCAAGCACCACAACCACCUCAUCAGAAGACACCGACAUGACCGAACUGAAACCCCGCAAGAACGUAAAAAUCGUCUCCAUCGACCUCCAACCCAUGGCGCCCCUCGAAGGCAUCACCACCCUCAAAGCAGACAUCACCCACCCAUCUACCAUCCCCCUCCUCCUGCGCGCCUUGGACCCUGAAGCCUACGACUCCACCUCCACCUCUUCCACCCCCUCCGCCAUUCGUCCCCCUCACCCUGUCGACCUGGUCAUUUCCGACGGCGCCCCGGACGUAACCGGCCUGCACGACCUCGACAUCUACAUCCAAUCGCAAUUACUCUACUCUGCACUCAACCUCGCCCUGGGCGUCCUCCGCCCCGGCGGCAAAUUCGUCGCCAAGAUCUUCCGCGGCCGCGACGUCGAUCUCCUCUACGCGCAACUCCGCACCGUGUUCGAGAAAGUCAGCGUCGCGAAGCCGCGGAGUAGUCGCGCUAGUAGUCUGGAGGCGUUCGUCGUGUGCGAGGGAUUCAUCCCGCCUUCCAUCCACGCUGGCACGGACGCGCUGAAGAACCCUAUCUUCGGAGGCGUGGCUGUCCCGCCUCCUGUGUCAGCGGACGGAAACGUCGGAGUGGAGGUUGUCGAGAGCGAGGACGACGAGGCACGCCCCGUCAAGCUGGCCCGCUUUGCUCCGGCCGAGGCGACUCUAGGCGCUGCUUCAGCGGAGUCUAGCCAGACGGAGGCGCGGCUGCUUCACGAUGACUCGUUGGCGUCGGUGACACCUACGCCGUUGGCGUAUAAGUCUGCGGGUGAGAAGUUCGCUGUCGGGAACAGGUGGAUUCCUAGGUUCAUUGCGUGCGGUGAUCUCUCGGCUUGGGAUUCGGACGCCUCGUACACGCUGCCGCCGGAUCAUGUCAGUUUGGAUCCGGUGCAGCCCCCUACUGCACCGCCUUAUCGGCGGGCGUUGGAGUUGAGGAAGGAGAAGGGUGGUGCGUAUGGAAAGACGAAGUUGGGUAGUUUGGGACGGGCUUGAAAUUAGAAGUGGAUAUUAAUGCGGCCGCUUCUAACGAUAUCUUCUUGUUUAUAGUUAUGGUUACGAAUUUUUCCUUUUCCGUUUUGGCGGGGUAAAAAAAAAGUUGGAUGUGCUUAGACUACUACUUGGCUGCUAGAUGGACAAGGGCGGAUGGAUAUAGCAGAUACCCAUAGAUCUAAAAUCUACGAUAGAUGAUUAUUAUGAGAAGA